CACUCCUUCACUCUUACACUUUUAUUUGUAUAAAAAAUGCGCUUUCAUCGCAACAACAAAAGUUGAAAAAGCAAAAAAAAAAAAGCAUACUCCGUAGUGACUCACACACGAACUGCGUUCACAGAAUCAAAUGUUGAAUUGAUUGGUGAGAAACAAAAGUGCCUCAAAAAGCAAGAAAAAUAUCAGAUCAGAUCAACAACAGCCAAGCACCGAAAACAAAGAAAAAGAGAGAGAAUCUUAUUAGGGUUUGAGAAGCUGGCGGAGAUGGCGAGUCCUCAAUCGGAACGACUCGCGAUCGCUACUCCGACUACUCCGAGUUUUACAAGUAUUACUACUACUACUAAGGCUUUGUCGAUAACGCCUGGUUCUAGGGUUUUGAAAACCCCUCUCACUGACGAAGACAUCUGGAAGCGCCUCAAGGAGGCUGGUUUCGAUGAAGAAUCCAUCAAACGCAGAGACAAGGCUGCCCUCAUAGCCUAUAUUGCAAAGCUCGAAGCUGAGAUCUUUGACCACCAACACCACAUGGGGCUUCUCCUUUUGGAAAGAAAGGAAUUAACUUCCAAUUAUGAGCAGAUCAAAGCUUCUGAAGAAACGACUGAAAUAAUGCAUAAGCGUGAUCAAGCGAUGCACCUAUCUGCCUUAGCUGAGGCAAGAAAACGAGAAGAGAGGCUGAAGAAGGCUAUAGGAGUCAAGGACGAGUGUAUAGCAAGUCUUGAGAAGGCCUUGCAUGAGAUGCGUACAGAAUCUGCUGAAAUAAAGGUUUCAGCUGAGAGUAAAUUGGCUGAAGGACACAUUAUGGUAGAGGAUGCUCAGAAGAAAUUUACUGAGGCUGAAGCAAAGCUGCAUUCAGCAGAAUCUUUACAAGCAGAAGCUACUCGGUAUCACCGUGCUGCAGAAAGAAAGAUGCAGGAAGUUGAAGCACGUGAAGAUGAACUCAGGAGGCGUCUCAUAUCGUUCAAGUCUGAUUGCGAUGAAAAAGAGAAAGAUAUUAUUCUUGAGAGGCAAUCUUUAAGUGAAAGGCAGAAAGCUUUGCAGCUUGAACAUGAAAGGUUACUUGAAGCCCAAGCUUUGCUGAAUCAGAGGGAGGAAUUCAUUUUUAGUAGAUCUCAAGAACUAAAUCGAGUUGAAAAGGAGAUAGAGGAUUCAAAGGUGACUAUUGAAAAGAAACUUAGAGAUCUAAAUGAUGAGAGAUUGAGUGUGGAUCUGGCCAAGGCUUCCCUGUCAAAAAGGGAGGAGGAUGUCAUUAAAAGGGAAGCUAUGCUGAAUAAGGAACGGCAAGACCUACUUGUUCUACAGGAAAAACUUGCAAGCAAGGAAUCUGAUCAAAUCCAGAAAGUUAUUGCCAAUCAUGAAACUGCUUUGAGAACAACAAAGUCCGAAUUUGAUGCUGACCUGGAGAGGAGGCGAAAAUCAGUUGAAGAUGAAAUUGAGACUAAGAGACGGGCUUGGGAGUUGGAGGAGAUGGAUCUUAGGCAACGGGAAAACCUAAUUUCGGAAAGGGAGCAUGACUUGGAGGUUCAGUCUAGGACAUUAGCAGAUAGGGAGAAAGAAGUGGCAGAGACAUUGAAUUUAAUUGAUGAGAAAGAAAAACGCCUAAGGGCUACUGAAAAAGAGUACGAGUUGAAUAAAGCACAAUUGCAAGAAGAGAAAGAAGAGAUCAGCAAAAUGAAAGUAGAGCUUCAGAAUUCAUUGGUUUCAUUGGAUGACAAAAAGAAGCUGGUUGAUCAAGCAAAGGAGAAGCUAGAGGCCAUGAAAACUGAAACAAGUGAGUUAUCAGUUCUAGAGAUGAAUCUUAAAGAAGAAAUAGAUACGGUUAGGGCUCAAAAAUUGGAGGUUAUUGCUGAUUCAGAAAAGUUGAAAGUAGAGAAGGCCAAGUUUGAAGCUGAAUGGGAGUUAAUUGAUGAAAAAAGAGAGGAGUUACGGAAUGAAGCAGAACAGGUAGCUCAAGAGAGAGUGGCCUUUUCCAAGUUUAUUAAGGAAGAGCGUGACAGCCUUAAACUGGAAAAGGAAGCAAUGCGAGAGCAGUAUAAACAAGAUGUUGAGGCACUUAGCCAUGAACGGGAAGACUUUAUGAAUAAGAUGGUACAUGAUCGUACUGAGUGGUUCAGCAAGAUGCAGCAAGAACGUGCAGAUUUCUUACUGGAGAUCGAGAUGCAAAAGAGAGAGUUGGAGAACUGUUUUGCAAAAAGACGUGAAGAAUUAGAGAGUGAUUUGACUGAGAGAGAGAAAGCCUUUGAGCAUGAAAAGAAAAAUGAACUUCAGUAUAUAAGCUCUCUUAAGGAAAAAACUGAUAAAGAGUUGGAACAGGUUGCUUUAGAAAUGAAAAGGCUCAAUGCUGAGAGAUUGGAGAUAAAUUUGGAACGUGAGCAACGAAACAGGGAGUGGGCAGAGCUAAAUAAUUGCAUUGAGGAUCUGAAGGUCCAAAGAGAGAAAUUAAAAAAACAAAGGGAGCUAUUGCAUGCAGAUAGAGAAGAGAUACUUGCCCAGAUUGAAGACCUUAAGAAGCUGCAGGAUUUAAAAUUUGCCUCAGAUAGUAUUGCUGAGAUGCAGAAAUUCGAUUCUGAACUAGGCCAGCGGAAAGUUUCUGCAAAAAGAAUUUUGAAGCAGAAAAGAUUUAUACCAAAUGCGGAGGAUUCACAGAAAGUGGUAGAUAUUACUGAUGUUAGCAAUAGGCUCAAUUCUCCAUCUAUGCAUAAUCUGGAUAGUGCUUCUCCUCAUAGCUCUGCUCGAUUUUCCUGGAUUAAACGAUGCGCAGAAUUAAUAUUCAAACAUUCUCCCGAUAAGACUCCAAUGAAGUAUGAAGAAAGGUCUUUGUUAUCUGACCCUGAUAAUGCAAGCAAUGGGCAAAAGGACUUGGGAGAGGAGAAGUCAAGUAGAAUUUUCAGAGAGAGACAGCAGGAGAAAUAUGCUAUUUGUGAACCAAAAGAGAUUGUUGAAGUGCCCCAUGUAGGUGACAUGGCAAAAGCAACACAUGAUAAUGUGUCUGAAAUUAAAGAAUAUGCCAGUGAAAAGUGUGCCCCUUCAAUUUCUGAGCAACAGCUUCAGGCAGGAAGGAAAAGAAGAGUAAAACACUAUAUAUCCAAUGACAGUGUUAAUUUACAGUCAGAGCAAAGGCAGAACAGAAAGAAAAGGAGGCAACAAGAGGAUGCCACUGCAACUCAAUGCGCUAUUACUGAGAGUGUAAUUUCCACCCAAAAAAAUGUUGCAGAGGAUCAGCAUGUAUUGUUUUCAUCCUCUAAACUUCAAGAAGGUGCUGAAGAGGCUAGUGUAUUAGUUAUAGAUAAAAUCAUACAGAUCUCAGAAGUGACUCAUGAGAAAACUGACACUGACAACUUCACAAAUGAAGACAAAUUAGACUGCUUGUUAAAUCCUGUAGCUGAAUUGCAGCAGAAUAUUCUUCUUGGUAAAGGACUAAAUGGUCGUGCAAAUUCUUCACCUGUACAGAAUGAUGCCUUAUCCUGUGGCACCAAGGAACCAGAAAAGCUUCUAGUACACAACGACGGAGAAGUUAGUGAGCAUUAUCAGGUGACUGCUGACUGCUGUUCGCUCAAAUCUUACUCAGUGACGAGAUAUACCUAAAUAGAGUAAACAAAAAGUUGAAGAGAAUGGUGCUGCCAAAUCAUAAUGAGAAGGUUAAUUGAAAAAAUUCAAUAGUGGACAAGGUCAAAACAGAAGUAAAAGAUUUCUAGCUUUUGGUUGGAUGCACCUACAGUUUACCUACUGCAAUGGACACACUGGCUUCACUCCUUUUGAAGUAGUUUUUGGCUGGUGACGUGUUUUUAAGUGGGCUAAACAUGUAAAUGACUGCUCACUGUGUUCUUAUGAGAAAUUUGUAAAUGUUUUGUGCAUCCUUAAUUGCCUUUAUGUGUGUAGAUUUCAUUAGGUUUCAGUAGGUCUGGUGAUUGUUGCCAGUAUUUGUUUUGGCAUGGGGUGGUGUUUUAGCGUUUGUAAGAUGGUAUCCAUUAGCAUUUGUGGCUUUUUUUGGGUUGUCUGCUUUGCUUUAUGAUGAACUGUUUGUGAGAGCAAUUUUAAGUCUUCAUGCUAUUGGGGGGUGGGGGGGUAUUCUCACCUUUGACUAGUUUGGUAACUUGUAAUAGCUGAAAUUGUGAGAGUAAAUAUGUCCAAUGUGCAUUUUUAGUGA